AGCGAGGAAGAGUCAUAAAGUGUCCAGUGGUGGUGUGGUGCUCACAAAAGACAUAGUACGAUCGGGUUCUGUUCUCAACUCUUUCACCAUGGAGGACUUGGUAGCGGCCAAAGUGCACCUUGGUCAUCACCGCACAUUGUGGCAUCCCAAGAUCCAGCCGUAUCUAUUCGGUGUCAGAGAUGACACCCACAUCUUCGAUUUAGAACAAACGAUGGCGCAUUUGAGACGCGCACUGGACGUUGUAAGGAGAGUGGCUCAUGCAGGCGGCAUCAUCCUGUUCAUUGGUAACAGACCCCAGUUUGAAAAGGUGAUCAGACACACGGCCAUCCAGUGUGGCGAAUACUACGUCACCAAGAAGUAUAAACCAGGGUCACUGACCAACAGUGUACAGACACUUGGAGCGGAGAUCAAACCUGAUCUGAUGAUUUUCAUCACACUGCCUGUGAGCAAAGUGGCGCUGCGCGAGUCUUACUACUCCGUCAUCCCUUCACUCGGCAUCGUAGAUUCCGAUCAAGACCCUACUCAAGUCACAUACUCCAUUCCUGGGAAUGACGACAAUAUAGAGUCCGUCGAGUUAUAUUGCAAGCUGCUGAAGCGCGCAGUACAAGAAGGCAAGCUGUAUCGCAAGCAGGGUAUGGAUAUGGGCGAUUUCGCUGUGGAUGUCCACGACGAGGUGCAGAAACUGAAGACUAUGUCUCAGAAGAGCAAGGUGCAUCUUGAUUAUCCGGAGGAAUUCGUUGAGAUAGAAGAAAUGGUUCUGAAGAAAGCGGCUAGGGACAGGGAUGGUUUGGAAUGAUCCUAAUCGCCAGAUGUUCAAGUUCGCUAGUGUUCCUCAGUGCACUACAGUUGAUAUACUUGAUUAAAGAAUUCCGAUUGUAUAUAUUUUCUCUCUAAAACUGGGCUGGUAUGACAAAAACUAAAUGCCUUGAUACCGAAUUACCCGUGGACUUGCAUGUCUGGCCUGUGGAACAAAGCUGGAAACUAUGUCAAC